AUGGAGGCAGUUGUCAACGGGUCCGUCGCGGCCAAACGCCCAUGUGCUGCACGAUCAACAACGCUCGAUGCGGAUGCAGCCAGAGAUCUGCUCAAUUAUUUUGAGAUUGACGAGAAUGAGAAGGAGUUCCUGAUCUCGGCAAUAACGUCCAGCAAGGCGCACGAGGACGAAGUCAAGGCCCUCCUGCACGACCGCGCAUUCUCUUCUCACACGUCAGAGGAUGACACGUCUGAGGAUGACGACCACGAAAAUGACGGCACACCAGCAGGCCGCCACCCAAUACCGUGGAGAACGCCAGAGAACCCCGACGCCCCACCAAUGGACGAAAACACAGCUCGCAAUCUCCUUUGCGGCUUCAACAUCGACGAUGACCUGAGGGAAUUUCUCAUGGCCAUUAUCAUGUCCGGCAAGGUCUUUGAGGAUGAUCUCAGGCAGCUGUACAAAAUCGGCCUCUCGGCUGGGUGGGAAACCUUUCAGGCUCAGGUGCAAUGCGCGAAAUCUUUGAGGGACAAGGUCCUGGCAAGGCACUAUGGCGACGAUCUCACGAUGUACUUGGGGAUGAUGAGGGAGUCCGGACACAUCAUGGACUUUAGGGAGAGAUAUUGGCCUUUGGGAGCAUCUGCACUCAAUGCGAGUGAGAAGAUGGUUGCUAGCAAGCAUCUCUGGGGUGGAUUGGUGGAUGGAAACACGACUUGCUUGCAGAGCAUCCAACUGGUUCACGAUGACGAUAACCAAGUCAGCAACAACAUCGUACCCGUGGACAAGCCCCCGCCGGACUGGAUGGCAAGCAAUCCUCAGCCCACGAAGGCAGUAAGCGACACCACCAAGAAGACCAAGACCAAGACGCAAAGCAUAGAUCAGGCUCCAUCUUCAGCCAACGACGCCAGGUUUGAAGUCGUUUGCCCUAUACGACGGCCGGAUGGUUCUGUCUGUAACAAACGCUGCUACGACGGAAAGGCCUACCGCUCCAUGCAGGAGCAUAUCCGCAAAGUUCACAAGGAUCACUAUAUUCCAGGGCUCAACGCGAAUGAGGAGAGCUUUCGUCUCAUGGUCAACAACACACCCGGAGGAGGGAAUAAUGUCCCGCAGGCCACAGAUGCGGCCAAGGCCUCGGAUGAGCAGGCAGGAGGGUUCAACUCUCAGUUGGUCAGGCCAGCUGACUUGUCUUUGCCUUUGGCCAACGAAACGGCAGUAGAUGCGGGCAAGAAGCGGCGAGUGGUGAAGAAAGCGAAACAGGCGCAUGAGAAGAGCCCGGCCAAAUCACCAUUUUUUGCGAAUGUCAAUGUGCCAGCACCUGUUUCUGGAAUGAUUUCGGGACAGUCUGCUCUUGGCGAUACUUUUGACGGCAGAUCAUUCCUGCAGCAGUUUGAUAGAGCCCCAGAUGGACUCGGAGCAAUGGCACUUGGACUAAAUGCCACCAUAUCACAAAGCUUGUUUCCACAGCAUGUUGACGGCGUACUUCCCAGCUCCGUCUCAUCAGAUCGGAAGAGAAAGCGUGACGACACGAGUGACGAAGCACAAGAUCAGAUCUUGAGCCAGGACAUGCAGCAAGGACUCGAUGGCUCGGCUGGCGCGCUCUACGACCCGCCCGUGGACCCAAAUCUUUUCUUUCAGACCUUACCACCGCAGCCAGCGCCUUCCGCCGAUCCCGAUGUCUUCGACGAGAUGAUAGAUAUACUGGGCCAACUUCAAGAGAAUGCUCGCGAGGAUCAAGCGAGACGGGAGAUGGGUGGUCCGACAGCCGGCCAUUACAACCCGCCGGUCGAGUCCACAGCCUCACAAGUCCUAUUGCCCAAGCGGAACCCCUUCACUGCGCCUAUGCCACAAGCAAAAGCGAAACCCGCCCCGAAGCAGGCCGCAUCUCAUUUCUUUGUUUCUCCCAGCAAGAAAAUCGAUGAGGCACGAACCGCCGCAGUGACACCAAGUCCGACUGCUAAGAAGACAAGCCGACCAGCCCGGGGCACUGUCUCGGCACUUCCGAUCCCUCCGUUGGCAGGAGACAAGUUCGGCCUCGUCCAGGAAGAACUUGCCAGUGACCCAUUCCGCCUUCUGAUCGCUGUCACUUUCUUGAUUAGAACUCCUGGAAGAGUCGCGAUCCCCGUCUUCCGUCAGCUGAUGGAGCGUUACCCAACAGCUCAGGCCCUAGUCGAAGCCGACCCCGCUGACAUCGAGGCCAUGAUGCAUCAUCUCGGCCUGUCUAACCAACGGACCAAGACGAUCCAGAAAUAUGCGCGGACGUGGCUCGAGCGGCCGCCUUCCAAAGACGUGCGCUACGGAAUUAAGGACUACCCGCAAAAAGGCGAUGGAAAAGACGUCCGCGCCGGCGAGGUCUUUGGCCCCGAGGACCCCGAUGCCAACAAGGGCGACGGCGUCGUCGGCAGCCCCGACAGCUCUGACUCGUCUAAAGAGAAUGACCCGCAGGCUAAGACCACGGCUAGAGGCCACGGCACGGCCUGGGAGAUCGGCCACCUGACGACGGGCCGGUACGCCCUCGACUCAUGGCGAAUAUUCUGCCGCGACGUCCUCCUUGGGCGUGCGCAGGACUGGAAGGGCAAGGGCCGGGACGGCACUUUCCAGCCAGAGUGGAUGCGGGUCCUGCCCGAGGACAAGGAGCUGAGGGCCUGCCUGCGGUGGAUGUGGAUGAGGGAGGGCUGGGAGUGGGACCCCAAGACCGGGGAGAAGACGCCGCUGAGGGAGGAGAUGCGCCUGGCUGUCGAUGAGGGCCGGGUUGCCUACGACAACCAGGGCCAGCUGCAGAUCAUGGAAAAGGCGGAUGGUCAGGUGGAUGGUCUCGGAGGAGCUUGA